AUGUGUUUGAUGUGUUCGGCGAAAGCCGUGUUUUCAUGUCUCUCUCUCUCUCUCUCUCUCUCUCUCUCUUUUUUUUCGGGUCUUUUUCUGUUACCUUCACGCGUGGCGCCCUCGUUGCUCCGCUUUUCCGAACCACCGAUCUUUUUACCAAGUAACUUAGAGAGGCUGGUUUUUCCGGCGUACGGUCAACUUUCGUAUUUCUCCGAUUUAUGCACAAACGUGGGGUCCGGGAAAUUUCCAAUUGUGGCUGUUGCUGGGACAACCACAAGCAGCGCUCCCCUCAGAAAGCCGCGCGCUCUCGGGGGUCACAUCGGUCCGGUUUAUCCUUUGUUCCUGCACCCCACAAAAAUUAAAAUAUUAAUUUCUCCGGCCGGCCCCUUGCAGCCCAACCGAAAAGAGAACGAUUUUUUUCUCCACAGAUUGUUCCGUGUGUGUCUACCCCAACUUUCACUGCAUAAACAACGGAAAAGGAAAGACCCUAUGAUGGAGCAGUUUCUCCAGAUUCUAUCUGCAUCAGGGCCUUCCUCGACCGUUGAGUAG